CCCUUGACUUAAUAAUUUAGUAUGUGCCGUAUUAAUUUGUAAUCAAAAUAUGGUUGUAAGACUGUUGCUUUAAAAAUCUGUAGUUUAUUUUAUUUUUAUGUAAUUACCGCCUUGUUGCACCUUGAACAUCUUGUGUGAUGCGCUCACUUGUUGGACAUUUCUGUAUCAGUGUAUUUGUGUAGAUCGUUGAAAAAUGUCAACUGAAAGCCUAAAUAGUUUGAGUGACAAGGAGUUACACAGAAAGCUAAUCCAGAGCGGCUUUCCCAGCACUCCAGUGACGGAAACAACGCGAGCGGUUCUAAUUGAGAAGUUGAGGAAACACACCCGAGCGGACAAGUUGAAAAAGCGGAGCAACAAGUACGUGCUAUAUUCCAAGGAGCAGACGGAGUCGCCGCCAUAUCCGCAGUAUCCCCACUUCCACGCCCCCCCUCUUCCUGGCUACGCCAAUGGCCUGGACAACAAUAACGAUCUGGAGAUGAGUCGCAGCUCCUUGGUUUUCAAUCGUAGUUUCGACGAGAACGACUCGAGUCCGCUACAGUUGUCUGCCUCUAAGAUGUACGCCCCGCCACCUGUGGUGGCCUCCAACUACGAUGGCGACUGCUCGCCCCACAGCCUGGGCUUAAAUGGCAAAUUCCGACAGCAAUGCGCCAGUCAGUACGCCAUUGACACGAAUAGCUUUGCAAAACCAAUAAGAAAGGUUAAGAUAUCUGAUGGAGGCGUAGUAAACAGACUGCUCAGCUUUCGCGAUACCACAAUCCAGCGGAAAUUUAACUAUUCAACACCCCAGGCGACGAGAAUGCUCCCAAGAAACGAAAGACUUCCUCGAUUCGCUUUGUCAGACCUCAAAUCGUUUUUUAAAAACCCCGAUAUCAGACCCUACGUAAUACCACAAGUGCUCAUUUCGCUGUUCUUAAUAUUUCUGACAAUAAUCACUGUUCUGUAUGUGGGCAAAAGGUUUGAGCAGAGUCCUAUCGACAAAACGACACUGAAGUAUACAUUAUGUAACCCCAACGAAUUGCAAAUGAUCAGCGAAAAGACAAAUUGCAUAGCAAAAGAUUCGCUGAGCGGUGCGCUGGAUUUAAGCGAGGAGCUUUUCAAGCAUCUAAACGAGCGAGCCAGGCUCCAUCACUGCAAAGAUGCUAGUUUACCGGCCACCCUUGAAGUUGGCGAGUUUGUGAGGGAAAUGGUCAGCAGCCCGAAAACCCACAGGGGAAAUCUGCACACUAACCUGUUGGCUGCACAAUAUCUUAUUGCCGAAAAUCCACAGUGGAGUAUUCAAGUAGUGGAUUCCUCAAAUCACAUCGGUCAGGGCUCAUAUUUUGAGCUCUCCGAACCGAAUCUGCCGCUCAAGUGCAUUCUAAUGAAAAAGAUGACCCGAUUUUUCACAGUAAUCGGUACGCUUAUUUUAAUAGUAGCUGGAUUCCUCGUCGUCUACUUUGCGGUGGUAAUUUACCGACUCAAACAAAAGGAAGCCCUGCUGGCGGUCGACCAGUUCUCAAAGGACAUAAUCAAUGAGCUGAUCUACUUAAGUUCCCAGUCUGAGAGUCCCGAGGUGAUUAUAAGCCAGCUGCAGGAAAAGUUUUUGCCUGCCAAGAAGCGCUCUAAGCACCUGUCUUCUUGGAACAAGGCCCUCAAGCAGCUGGAGAAGAGCGACAGCCGUGUGUUGUUCGGAAUGGUCAAUCGGGAUGGAAAGGCGAUGCGCACGAUUGCGUGGAACAGGAAUCUGGACAAAAAGGAUCCGGGCCUGGUUAAGAAGUGGCAGAGUCCCGCCUUCGAUAACUCCAACAAGAUUGCCAAUCCACCGACGCCAUGCCUGAAGAUACGGCACAUGUUUGACUCCUCAGAAGUUGAUCAAGCCAACCUGAAGCAGUCUAUCGUGGAGUCGAUCAUCGAAAAGGUUGGGUCUCGCUGCAAGAUCUGUGAUGUCCAGCUGGACAUCCAGUCCUGCUGCGUGUACAUCCGAUGCGCCAGUGAGGAGGACGCCGGCAUGAUUCACAACGAAAUCAACGGCUGGUGGUUCGACAAGCGCCUAAUUUCGAUUAAAUUCUUAAGACUUGAACGCUAUUUAAGCCGAUUCCCCAAACCCUCGUCCGAGCAACUCUACUUUCAUACCAGCGAGGCGACCAACAACACUCACUCAUAAAACACACAACUCUACACUAGAUACUUAAGUUAUUAAAUGCGAAUUUGUUUUACAUGUA